AAAAGACUAGUGGCCUUGGUGCCCAUGCCCAGUGACCCUCCGUUCAAUAGCCGAAGAGCCUACACCAGCGAGGAUGAAGCCUGGAAGUCAUACCUGGAGAACCCCCUGACCGCGGCCACCAAGGCCAUGAUGAGCAUCAAUGGGGAUGAGGACAGCGCUGCUGCCCUUGGCCUUCUCUACGACUAUUACAAGGUUCCUCGAGACAAGAGACUUCUGUCUGUGAGCAAAGCAAGCGACAGCCAAGAAGACCAGGAUAAAAGAAACUGUCUCGGCCCCAGCGAAGCCCAGAGCACUCUGAGCGGAGGCGAGAACCGUGUGCAGGUGCUGAAGACGGUCCCAGUUAACCUGUGUCUCAGCCAGGACCACGUGGAGAGCUCGAAGCGCGAGCAGUACAGCGUGUCCAUCAGCGAGAGCCCGGCCGUCAUCCCGGUGUCAGGCAUCACCGUGGUCAAAGCUGAGGACUUCACGCCGGUGUUCGUGGCGCCUCCGGUGCACUAUCCCCGCGCCGAUGGCGAGGAGCAGCGCGUGGUCAUCUUCGAACAGACGCAGUACGACCUGCCCUCCAUAGCCUGCCACAGUUCCUAUCUCAAGGACGACCAGCGCAGCACCCCCGACAGCACCUACAGCGAGAGCUUCAAGGACGGGGCGCCUGAGAAAUUUCGGAGUGCUUCUGUCGGAGCUGAGGAUUACAUGUAUGACCAGGCAUCAAGCGGGACGUUUCAGUACACCCUGGAAGCCACCAAAUCUCUCCGUCAGAAGCAGGGGGAGGGCCCCAUGACCUACCUCAACAAAGGACAGUUCUAUGCCGUAACCCUCAGUGAGACUGGAGAGAACAAGUGCUUCCGACACCCCAUCAGCAAAGUCAGGAGCGUGGUGAUGGUGGUCUUCAGUGAGGACAAGAACAGAGAUGAGCAGCUGAAAUACUGGAAAUACUGGCAUUCCCGGCAGCACACAGCCAAGCAGAGGGUCCUGGACAUCGCUGAUUACAAGGAGAGCUUCAACACCAUUGGGAACAUCGAAGAGAUCGCGUACAAUGCUGUUUCCUUCACCUGGGACGUGAACGAAGAGGCAAAGAUUUUCAUCACCGUGAAUUGCUUGAGUACAGAUUUCUCCUCCCAAAAGGGCGUGAAAGGGCUUCCUUUGAUGAUCCAGAUCGACACAUACAGUUACAACAACCGCAGCAAUAAACCCAUCCAUAGAGCAUACUGCCAGAUCAAGGUCUUCUGUGACAAGGGAGCAGAAAGAAAAAUCCGAGAUGAAGAAAGAAAACAGAACAGGAAGAAAGGGAAGGGCCAGGCCUCCCAAAGCCAGUGCAACAACUCCUCUGAUGGGAAGCUGGCCGCCAUGCCUUUACAGAAGAAGAGUGACAUCACCUACUUCAAAACCAUGCCCGACCUGCACUCUCAGCCCGUGCUCUUCAUCCCGGAUGUUCACUUCGCAAACCUGCAGAGGACUGGACAGGUGUAUUACAACGCAGAUGAUGAACGAGAAGGCAGCAGCGUCCUCGUUAAACGGAUGUUCCGGCCCAUGGAAGAGGAGUUCGGCCCGACGCCAUCCAAGCAGAUUAAGGAGGAAAACAUAAAGCGAGUGCUUUUGUACGUGAGGAAGGAGAAUGAUGAUGUGUUUGACGCACUGAUGCUGAAGUCACCCACGGUGAAGGGCCUGAUGGAAGCGCUGUCCGAGAAGUAUGGACUACCAGUGGAGAAAAUCACAAAGCUUUAUAAGAAGAGCAAAAAGGGCAUCCUGGUGAACAUGGAUGAUAACAUCAUUGAGCACUAUUCCAAUGAGGACACCUUCAUCCUCAACAUGGAGAGCAUGGUGGAAGGCUUCAAGAUCACACUUAUGGAGAUAUGA